ACCAUCUACCGUACUGUACCGUACGACCCAACUUGCAUCAAACACGGCCGGACUGAGCUGCGCGUCAUCACGACACGCCUUCCAACACGAGCGGCGGUGACGUUUCGCACUCAACGCGGGAGAACCUCCGACACCCCGCUACUAGCCUCCACCGCCUUGGGUGCUUUUGGCGACAUCCACAUAAUACGUAUACUUCGUUUUGGAACCUAUUGCGCUCCAACCUGCCAUAUGCAAGAUGAGUUCAGUUCCCAUUGACCACGCACCCCAAGUGCGACGCAAAAACUCUUGCCGGCAUCAACCGCUCAAGGUUCCAAAGACUCUCAGACACGGAAGCGUUCAACACGGAAGCGUUCAACAAGGAGUACGAGGUGGACUACACGGUCCAAGUAUUGGAUGGGGAGAAACACACGGGCUUUGCAGAGAUUGUGGCACACAUUUGACGAAACAGGACAUGGAAGGGUUUGAACAUUGGUGUGCGGAUAACGCCUACCGAUACUGGGCUGAUCCCAGUGGCCCCAUCAUGACUUCUAAUGUCAUCAUCAUAGACGACCCGCAACCAUCUGCCAUGAUUCCAAUCAUUCGGGAACUCAAUCCGAAAUGCAAGAUCAUAUUUCGCAGCCAUAUCGAAGUGACUGCAUCUCUCGCCGACGAUCCAUCCACUGAGCAACACCAUGUUUGGCAGUAUCUCUGGAAGUUCAUCAAGGAGAGUGAUAUCUUCGUGUCGCAUCCGAUAUCAUUCAGCGAUACUUUUGUAAGAAUAUCAUUGGGAAACGCUAUCGCCACACGAGAAAUUGCUAUUCCCACAAUUAACGUUAGAGUAGGGUUAGGGCUUGGGUCAGGGUUGAUAUCACUCUGAGAGGUAACAAGGCUGGCCCGUGGCCGUUACGUGAGUGUUUCGCUCAUAGUUGAAUAGUAGA